GCUAGGCUUCGCCAUGGGCUGUACACAUCGGACAGCUUUGCUUUCGGAGAGUGUGAUCGCAGGAAAAUACUAGCGGUUAUUAUAAUGACAAAGUUAGGGUUUCUGUUGUAUGUAGUGGCGAUAUUUUCUUUCAUAAAGCUACAAUCACAUGACAGAGUUUGAUUUUUAUUUAUUUUCGUCUCUCUGAAACGACAAUAAAUGGCUUCUUAUACAGUCGAAGAGUUUGAGCUCAGCCGGAAACAUGAGGAUAUACUGGGGAAAAGAGCAUUACUGCUGCAGCAGAUGGAGGCGCACUAUGAACAGCAGAAGGCUAAGAGAAAACAGCAGUUUCUGAUGUCUCAAGCAGCGAAGCAGAGGAAUGCUCAGAUUCUUAAGGAUUUAGAAAAUGCUGAAAAAAAUCUUCAAACCAGACAGCUCCUUCAUCCAAAUAUUAUUAGCCUUGAGACUCGGUAUUGGGCCUCAGUUGAAAGAAAUCUGCCAGAAUGGGAGCAGUAUUUGCUUGGGAAAGGACAACCACCUUUAAGCGAAUCUGAGAGAAAGUUAAAGCAACAGAGACAGAAAACGACACCACAAGAUCUCGCACCUACGCAGUGCAGGGGUAAACCCCCUCGACCCAAACCUCGAUGACAUAACUCUAUGAGGUGUGUAGCCGAUUUGUGUGUGUUAUGAUGAUAUGUUAAGAUCAUCACUGUAGCACCUUACAAUGGUUACAAUGAGGUAAUAUUAAUGCAUUAUGAUUAAAGUAGGAGUAAAAUGAGCAAUACAUUUGAUUAAAUCUCAAGUUUUUUGUGUAUUUUAGCUGAGGGACAUCAAAUCAGGUUUUUAUACUAGUGGGAAAGUGCUAGGGUGUCUGGAAUUGUUUGAAAACAAAUUCUGUAAUUAUUAAUAUAAACAAUAUCAUUUUCCAAUUAUUUAAAAUAAGUUAAACACAUUAAUAUAAAAUAGAAAUUGGAUUCAAAUAGCUUGCUGUAAUAUAAAAUUAAUAGCACAUAAAUGUGAUUAAACAUUAUUCAAAUAAAUUAUACAAACUUUAAUUGAAAAAAAGGCGAACACUUAUUAGUCAGAUUAGCAACAAUAGUUAAAAUACUAAUUAUAUUAAAACAAAUAAUAAAAAAUAAGUUAAAAUAUUUGUAUAGAAAAAUAUAAAUAUUAAUAUUAUGUAUAAAAAUGAUAAUGAGCAGAAAAAUUUGUAGUUAAAUGCAGUAACUUAAUAGUAAAUAAUUAUUUUCCAGAUUAUAAUUGAUAAUAUAUUGUAUAAUAUAUAAAAUUAAAUAAUUCAUAAUAAAUUGUGAUAAUAUAUAUAUAUAUAUUAUAUUAGGCAUGGUUGAUCUCAUUUAAGGGUCCACAGCAUGUAAAAAGUUGAAACCACCACCAUUAACUGAAGCAGCAUUUACAAAUGAUUCAGUGUUUCAUUUCAAUUGUUGAAAUUUAAAGGAACUUAUUACUUUCGUUAUUGUUGGGUCUUAUUAACUGUGCAAUGUGUAUGCAAUGUAAUGCAUAUGGCAAAGUGUUACCAUCAUAAUGUGUAUGUGUGUGUCUUGCGGGGUAUUGGGGGGGUAUGAGGGGGCAUUUUUUAAUCCACAUGGGGGCGAUACUGACUACAAUUUCUGGGCCAAACACACAACAUCCUUUCUUC